AUGGCUCCUCAGCGCGAAUCCACCAAAUGUCCGCUCGCAUGCGAAUACUGUAGGGUCAAAAAAGCAAAAUGCAAGUCAAAAAAAAAUUAUAAUUUAUGUAUCCUCACGCUGACGGGUCAUCUCACCAUAGGUAGUGGAAUAUUCCCUUGUGGUAAUUGUACAGAUCAUAAUGAACCAUGUGUCUUUCCAGAGAAGCGAAAAAGGACUAGAAAAAGGAAGGAGCGGGAGAUAGAGAUGGAGGAUAGGUUGGCGCGAAUGGAAGAAUUACUCCGUGCAUCGGCUGCUCAGAACUCUGCCGGCGAGAGCCGGCCAAGUUGCAGGAUCAACUCCCCAGAUCUGUCACAGGAACCAUGGAUGAGAAACAUCGAGCAGAGUGUACAAAACAGCAGCGAUGGUGGGACAUCCGAACUGACACCUCCACAACCCACGCCAUCGGCGCAGGAAGUCUCCAGCGCGACUAUCGCGGCCUCACCAUACCCUGCCAUGUCUCUGAUUUUCCCAGAUCAAAUCGAUUACAGCCAGCCGUUAGAUCAAGAUACCAUCACUAUUGAUCCAAGCUGUUCUCAGAUACCGAGUGUUCAAACCACGAAUACCAUAUGCGCAGCAACCAACUUUCGUGUGCCAGUCUCGCCACCAAGCACAACUGCAGCAGAACACCCUGCGUCAAUCGAGGCUGAAGUAAUAUACGCUUCUACAUGUGCCUCCUACCUAUCGAUAUGCACAUUUCCAGCGAUCAAGUGGAUAUCUAGCCAGGCAGGAAUGUCUGAUUUCCUCGUCAGUGCUCGACGGUUAUCAAAGACAGUCAUGCAAGGAGAGACUCUUGGCCAAGUAGCCGGCCCAACGAGAACACCAGAACCCAGUUACGAGGUGGCUAUGGAGUGGUCAAAUGCAUAUUUUGACAGCUGCCUUGACUCAAUCUUCGGUAUCAUUCAUAGAGAUGAUUUUGAAAAACGCCUUCGAGAUCAUUUUCAGAUGAAUCCAGAUUCACGCUCAGAUGCAUCAUGGUACGCAUUAAGAAACACGAUAUAUGCUUCAGGCUGUCGAGUCUUUCUUUGCGCAGACUCCGGUCCAGAGUCUUUCUCCAGAUCCAGGGCACAGUCUUGGAAGUAUUUUGAAAAUGCACUCUCUGUCCAUACAGAGCUGCUAUAUGUCAGCACAGAUAUCACGUCAAUCCAAGCCUUAAUUUUGAUGGCAUUCCAUGCCGAGGCACUAGGAACACCUGCUCUUGAGUUCAUGUUGGUAUCGAGCGCGACUAGGUUAGCGCAAGCAAAAGGACUACACAUGCGAGGAUCUCAAUCUAGUAAAGACCAUCACACCGAUACUCUCUCAAGACAAUGCCUUUGGUGGAUUAUCUACGCGUACGAAAAACAUCUCGCGUAUCGAUCAGGCAUACCUUCGGCCAUCGAUGAUGACUCUAUGACAUGCUUAGUCCCUACCGAGCUGAGGCGCGGAUCCGGUACGACUAUGGAGUUCGUCAAGCAGACUAUCUGUAUCGCGCGGCUAUCAUCCUCUAUCACCAAGAGACUAAGUGCUGUCAAAGCCAUGAGAGAUUCCCCAGAUGUACUACUGACGACAGUUCACGAUCUCGAUCAUAAACUUAAGAUGUGGCGAGAGGGGCUGGAUCCCACAUUCCAGAGGCAGCCCCCUUUCCGAACCCAUUCUCUACCUCAGAGUACGCAGGUAGCGCAUAUGCUCUAUCUCCACUACACUUACCAUGCUUUGUUGAUUGCAGUACAUGGGGUAUUUUGUUAUCCUUGGAAUAGGCCCGAUCUUCAAAACAAUGAAAAGCCCGAGAUAAAGGCCCAGGUGCAGAGAAGCACUGAAGUAGUAGCGGAGUCUUCACGACAAAUCAUAAUUGCCGUACAACACGUCGAGAUCACUGCAGCCUUGCCUGUUUGGCUCACCUUCUAUUUUCCUCUUGUGGGGUUGAUCAACAUGUUCGUUUGCGUGCUCAAAAACCCACUCAGCCCUUCUACUCCGUCGAACCUCGCUUUAAUGGACAUCGUGGUCGGUCAUUUUGGAUAUGUUGAGUUUUUGUCUUCUUCGAAACUAGAUCUCUCAUUUCCAAGAGAGGUUGCGUCGUACGCAAGGAACCUCGUAAAGAAGGUGAAGGAGGAGAACGGCCAUACAACCUCGACCAGUCAGUCGUUGAAUGUGCAGUCAUCACUUUCUGCGCAAGAUCCAAUUGCAACAGCAGAUAUGUCCGCAUUCGACCCUGUGCUGGGGCUAGAAGAUUGGUGCACAUUCCUGCCUUCGAUUCCAACGCUCGAUAUAUUUGAACAGCCCUUUCCCGGAGAGCAAGGCCAAUCUUUGGGCAGCGCCUUAUAG